GAAAGCUCUAAUCCCUGUUCCAAUAGCUACAGUCAAAGGAACUUUGAAAAUAUCUUUAACCGUUGGAUAUACGGAUAGUUUCGGUUUCUCUUAUCUCGGCCUGCAGGUUGAUGGAAAUGGAAAUCUUGACGUACAGGUGCUGGGUGGAGUAAAGUAAGUAUUGCCAACAUUGCAUUUCAUAAAAUUAACAUUGUAUCAUUUCCAUACUUGGGAACAAUGGUGGGAAGGUAUUUAGUGAAUGAAAAACCACAGAAGAUUUGGUAUCAUUGAGUUAUGUUUGUUAUGGGGACAGUCAGAAAUGAUUAGUAAUAUUGCUAUUUAAAGAGGGAACCUAUACAAGGUUAGAGAGUAAUGUCCUAGACAUCACUUAUCACAAUCAUAUUUGCGUUUUGUCCCAGUUAUUUAACUAUGCAAAGGAAUAAAAUGUUCAACAAAGUAAAUCCAUCAUAAUAUAAGGUAGUAAGAUAGUUCAUAAAAUGGCUCUGUAACAUCAAACAUAAGCUCUAUUGAUUACACUUUCAUUCUUCUAUCUGAAUCUGCUCUUCUUUUCUUUAUUUCUGAUCUAUUUUUCAUUCAUAGGUAUUACUUUGCCUUGUUUAAUUUUUCUAUGUCUGACAAAUCUUGACAAAGUGUGGAGUUUAAGGCAAGCUCCACUUCCUUUGUCAAGUUUGUCAAGCUAAUAAAGCAAUUGGAGCUUACUUUAAGCUCCACCCAUUCUCAAGGUUUAUCAGGCCUAGGGGAAAUACAUAAGACAAAGUAGUCCGUAUGUGCCUUGCUAAGUAUCAGAUAAAAAUUACAGUUUAAUACAUUGUAUACAAUUUUGCUAUCACUUUGUUGCUAUUGCGACAAUUUAAACAGCAUGUGGCUGAGUGAUUUACCAGGCAGCAGCUCAUUUGUCACUGUUUGGAAUCUUUGCGAGGAGACGUUAAAGUCAGCCUGCAGGUUAAAAGUGGCGACAAGUUUGGAAACCUGUCAGUAAACAGAAGCUGCAACUACACACCCAUUGCUAAUAGUGACAACUUGACAUAUAUUUACAAACAAUAUUGGAAAUGAGCCGUUAACAUGAUAUAAUGCACAACUGUAUAUUUAGGCUCUUUUAAACACGGUUAUCAUGCAUUGCAAGUUUGUUUAGUUAUUUAUCCCUGUAUUAACCCUCUAACAUGGGGUAGGCAACCUUGGCACUGCAGAUGUUGUGGACUACAUCUCCCAAAGUGCGUUUAAAGCCAUAAUACUACUCACACGACAUAUCAUAAGGGAAUUAUGGCCCUGUACAUGUCCCUGUCCACGAGAGUCUUCAACUCUGGUUUCCUCUCCAACAAAUCUUUAAUCAGUAACAGUACUCGCCAUGGAUGCCCACUGUCUCCACUUUUAUUCAUACUUUGGUUGGAAGCACUCAUACGCCACAUUAAAAAUACACCAAGGUAUAGAGGACAUUUCUACCCCAGUGGGAGUCCAAAAACUAUCACUCUUCGCAGAUGACGUGCUCCUGUUCAUCACAAAACCCAUGCACUCUAUUCCGAAUCUAAUGAAUCUACUGUUAUUAUAAGGACAAGAAAAUUCCUACUAUACAAUCAACCUAAAAAAAACACAGGCUUUACCAGUGGGCAUCCCUACACAUACGCUCCAGUUACUCAAAUCACAACAUCCCUUUGACUCCUUAAAAUACUUAGGAAUUAACUUGACUAAAUCAACCUCCCAACUGACUCACGAAAACCAUAUUCCACUUACCGUUACCCUACAGACACAAGUAGACACGUGGCAAAACCUGGAAAUCUGGAAAUGGUUAGGGAGAGUAAAUAAUGUUAAAAUGAUGGCACUACCCCACGUUUUAUAUUAAUAUCGCACUAUACCCAUAGCACUGGGAGAAUAAUUACUCCACAGGUUUCAAAACAUAUUUAAUGCAUACAUUUGGAAGAAAAGGCUAUCGCCAAAUAAAGGCAGACUUGGUGUUCUGAACAUCAAAGUAUUCUACAUAGCUUACAUUAGAAUCCAUGCUACGGUCGUUCACAAUAUGGGACACUAACAAAAACAAACCCAUGGAGAGCACAAGAUUCCUAAUCAAUAGCUGGAGGAAAUGGGCAAGAACCCUCAUAGGCACAAACAACAUUUUAUACUUUACGCCAACACAAACAAUCUCUGAGUUAUUGGAGGAUAUCAAUAUGGAAUCAUGGCACCAAAAAGGAAUAAAAUUGAUAACAGCUGUACACAGAAAAAGGUCUAAAACCCUUUCCAGAUCUCCAAAAGGAGUUUACACUACCCUCCAGAGAAGUCGUCACAUACAUUAGAAUCAAGCAUAUCCUUCACACACUACAUACUCGCCAAUGCGAGGAAUCCCAACUUACAAAUUUUGGUCCAUACUGCAUAAGUAAACACCCACAAACAAAACCAAUAUCCCUUUGCUAUACAGCCCUAAACGACACAAACACACUCCACAAACACAAAUACACUGUACUAUGGGAAUCCGACCUUAACAUCAAUAUUCCCACUCCACUUUGGCUACAAACAAUGCAGUCAACAAGAAAGGUAUACCACAGCUUAUCCCACUGGGAAGCGUAUUGUAAGAUGUUAAUGAGAUAGUACUUAGUGCCGACCAGGUUAACAACCAUGUACCCACCGGUCUCCAAAAUAUGCUGGAGAUGCGAUCUCCAUAAAGGAUACAUUUUCUGGGAUUGCCCACUAGUGAAGGGGUUCUGGCAGACGAUAGAAAAAAUCAUAAGACUAAUAACGAACCGCAGGAUACCAUUCACACCAGAAUGUUACCUACUCCAUUUGUCACCUGAGCUGUUCUCAGAUAAUAAUAACCACAUUAUUAUACACAUCUUAACAGCAGCAGAAACUAGCAUAGCAAGCCAUUGGAAGAGCAAACGUAUCCCUUCUCCCUUGGAGAUUUGGAAUAGAAUCAAAACCAUAGCAGACUAUGAACAGAUGGCAUACAGGAUGAAAGGACAAGCAGAUAAAUACACCAAAAGAUGGGCAAGCUGGCAAACCCAUAGCAUAGCAGUGAAAAACAUUAAGAGUACACCCUAGGAAAAGACACAUUACCUCGCACAAAGGCAAUACGCGGGGGAGACUGUUACACACAUACUAUUUCCCUCUUUCCAAUAGAGCAUCACAGGCAGCAUGGCAGUGCAUACACCUGUUCCCCCUAAUCUCCCAGUUUCUAACCCCUGCCUUGCCCCUCACCUCCUAAACUAGAAUAUGAUGCCCGCGUGCAUAACCAAAUUCCUGGAAUACAAUAACCCAAAUUUUAAAGUUUAGCAGGAACUGUUGAAAUGUGAUCAGCAACUUUAAUGCUACUAAAUACAAUGUUAAAUUGACCAAAAUAAUCAGGGCCGUCUUUAACAUUGAUUGGACACUGGGCAGGCAUUUGUUUGGGCCCCCUGGAUCCUGCCAUCCAUCGCCCUCCCCCCACACUUUCACUCUCUGGCAUGCAAUCAUGCCCUCCACCCCAACACAGUGGCAGAACUAAUGUAGACAGGGCCCUGGUGCAAGACAUUGUUUUGAGCCUCCCCUCUAGCGCAAGAGUAGAGAAAAGAUAGAUCCUCAUCUGUUGUACAAUUCCAACGAUGCUAUGCCAGUUGGGGAUCUACCAUUUGUCCAUUUUUGCAGGGCUGUAUUUGUGAGCAGUGUUUGUGCAUUUGAAUGUGAGCAUGUUGUUGUAUACCGUAUGUGUGUGCAUGUAGGGUGUAGUAUUGGUGUUUAAGUGUAGGGAUGUGUUUCUAUAUACUUUUUGAGUUUGAAUUCAGGGGUGUGUUUGUAUGUAAUGUUUGCAGGGGUGUGGUUGCAUGUUGUGUUUGAUUGCCGUGAUGUAUGAUAUACAUUCACAGAUAUACAUACACAUUAGCACACUGAUACAUGCACACAUCUGGACACAUGCACACACUGACAAAGACUGGCGUAUACACACACAGCCACAUACAUAAAUACACGUGCACACACAGAGAUAAAAACACUGGCACAUCCACACACAGAGAUACACACACACACUGACACAGAUAUAUACACAAAUACAUAUGUAUUUGUGUGCAGUGUUGGCGUAGGAAUGCUGGGAUGUAUGCAUUGUCACACAGAUGCACUUACACAGAAACAGUGAUACACACAGGAACACAGAUACACAUGCAGUGGUGUAUUUGUGUGCAUUGUUAAUGUUGAAAUGCAGGGUUGUAUUUGUGUGCAACUUACACAUACUGACACUCAUACACACACAGGUACAUACACACAGACAAGCAGGUAUACAUACAAACUGACACAUAGGUGUACAUACACACAGAUACACAUAAACACUGACACAAAGGUACAUGUACACUGACACAAACACAGCCACAUAAACACACACUGACACAAACAGCAAGAUACACACUGACACAGCCAGAUACACACUUACACACACAGUCAGAUACACACACACACAGUCAGACACAAACACAGCCAGAUACAAUCACAGCCAGCCAGAUACACACACACACACACAGUGAGAUAUACACACAGUGAGAUAUACACACACACACACAGUCAGAUACACACACACAGUCAGAUACACACACACACACACACACACAGUCAGAUAUACACACAUACAGCCAGAUACACAUACACACAUACAGUCAGAUACAGAUACACAUACACACACACACACACUGACACAAACACACACAGAGUCAUAUGAAUUCACAUAGUUUAGCCACCCUCCUUACCUUUACAGACGUGUGGCUUCCCUGUGGUCCAGUGGGAGCUGGAUGGCUGAGAUUGAUGGGAGUCUUCUUCUUCUUGGUCUGUACCACCUCCUGCUCUCCAUGUAUGCCUCCUCCUCCUCCCCAGCGGCACUCUGUUAAUUGGGAGGAAGUGACCUCACAACACUUCCUCCCAGCAGGCAGGACGACAGGGGCUCGGUCAGGAGCUCUCUUAAAGGGCCGGGGGCCCCUGAUUACAUCACCUGCUGCAGCCCACCGGGAUAUUUCUCAGUAUCCCGGUGGGCUGUUCAGACCUGGCUGCGGGCAGGGGGCCCACAGGGCAGCUGCUUUGGGCCCCCCAGGAGCAACUGGGCCCGGGGCGCUGCCCCGUUUGCCCCUUGUUAAAGACGGCCCUGAAAAUAAUGCAUCUUGGACGUAAAAACCCAAGGGCAGAGUACAGAAUAUUUGAUAGAGUCCUAACCUCAACAUAUGAGGAAAGGGAUUUAGGGGUGAUUAUUUCUGAUGACUUAAAGGUAGGCAGACAAUGUAAUAGAGCAGCAGGAAAUGCUAGCAGAAUGCUUGGUUGUAUAGGGAGAGGUAUUAGCAGUAGAAAGAGGGAAGUGCUCAUGCCAUUGUACAGAACACUGGUGAGACUUCACUUGGAGUAUUGUACACAGUACUGGAGACCGUAUCUUCAGAAGGAUAUUGAUACCUUAGAGAGGGUUCAGAGAAGGGCUACUAAACUGGUUCAUGGAUUGCGGGAUAAAACUUACCAGGAAAGGUUAAAGGAUCUUAACAUGUAUAGCUUGGAGGAAAGACGAGACGGGGUGAUAUGAUAGAAACAUUUAAAUACAUAAAGGGAAUCAACACAGUAAAGGAGGAGACUAUAUUUGAAAGAAGAAAAACUACCACAACAAGAGGAUAUAGUCUUAAAUUAGAGGGACAAAGGUUUAAAAAUAAUAUCAGGAAGUAUUACUUUACUGAGAGGGUAGUGGAUGCAUGGAAUAGCCUUCCAGCUGAAGUGGUAGAGGUUAACACACUACAGGAGUUCAAGCAUGCGUGGGAUAGGCAUAAGGCUAUCCUAACUGUAAGAUAAGUCUAGGAACUAAUGAAAGUAUUUAGAAAAUUGGGCAGACUAGAUGGGCCGAAUGGUUCUUAUCUGCCGUCACAUUCUAUGUUUCUAUGUUUCACCAAUGCAUGUUGUAUAACUAUUGUAUAACUAUUCGUUUGUAAAUCUGCACUAUGAUGUACGCACAUGGAAUAUGCUGAGAUAUGAAACAUGUAUUUACCUACCCCUCCUUUGCUUUUCCUUACCCCGGUACAAACAUAUUAGAGCAAACUGUUUACGACUGCUGGAGUCUCUACAUUUAGUUUAUUGAUUACAUCGUGUUUUUUGUGUAAGAGAUCUCCGAGGUGUCAAAAGCUUCUGUCUGAAAUCUGAUGCUCUACAGAAAACUGAUUUUUAGUAGCUACACGCAAUUGCUGAUGUAUGUUUAGUAUUCAUAAUGAGUCACUUUCUAAGCAACUAAUUCAUCUUUUUGAUUUCCUUCCAGAAUUUCUGCGGCAGGAACAUGUACUCUUUAUGUAGAAAUUCUAAAAACGGUUACCAGUAAGGUAUGUUAUAUUGCUGAGAAUACCAACUAACAGUUUGCCAUUAGGGUGAUUAGUUUAUGUAAUGACUUGUGCAUGUGAGUUGCCCUUUUUAUUAUUUAGUUUUAAAUAUUUUUUUAUUGUAAGAUAUGCUUUAUUGCUAGCUAUAUAUUUAUACUGCACCAGACUGCCUAUUCUGUUAUUCUGAAAAUGUAACAAAGAUUUUCAGUAAGUUAUGUUAUAUUGUUAAGAUCUUCUACAUUGACACAGGAAGGAAAGGGCUAGAUUUUCAGGUGGACUCUCUGGUACAGAAUUCUAACUGAUCUGUGUUUAUUAACCAGCACCAUAAUAAAUCACAAGUACUUAGGUCGAGUAAAGUUCUAAGAGGGGUAGCGACCAUCUCAAAGGGAAUAGUCUACAUUCUCUAUUUUGUGUGAUAGGGGAAGGACCUGCCACAGCAGUGUUAAGUAGUGUGUGUAACUAUCUAAAUUAAGUAUGAGUGUCAAAAACGAAAAAAAAUAAUCUUUUUUAUUACACAUUUUUAAAUAAAGACAUUAAUUACCAAUCCAUACUAAAAAUGUUAAAAAAAGAAAACUUGGAAAUGUACAAACUAAACAAAAAUAGACCUCCGUCCCUCUUUCCUUUUGUUUGUUUUAUUUCCUAUCCACUAAAAUGUCUGCAUUCCUAUUCCCAAAUUAUAGCUGGUUUGUAUUAAUAGUUUUGAAGUGAGGUGCAAACAAUCGAGUUGUCAUAACAUUACAAAUUGUUGUACAAAAUAUCAAAUUCUCAAAACUCAAUCAUGUUAGAAGUUUAAAAAAAUUAUAAUUUUGCCCAUUGCGGAAUAAAUUGUGUAAUUAUGUAGAGAAUAUAUCACAAUAAGUUUAUGAUUUCUAUUAUUUAUUUAAUAAAUUGCAUAAAAGUAUUUCAUUUUCGGUUGGAUAACCUUGUGAUUUUGUCAUAAACAAGAAAAAAAAACAUAUCUAAAUUUGACAUAAAAUUCUGAUGCAAAGAGUAUAUUAAAUAUGUUAUAAUAAUUAUGUUUCUCCCCCUUAGUUGUUGACUCCUGCACAAUCUUGCGUCGAUAAAAUUAAGGACAACCCUUACUACCAAGGUAAAAAUAUUCUUGUUCAUUGAUGAUUCAUUGGCAUCUGCACAUUCAUAAACAUAACUGCCAAAAGAUCUAAAUUGAUCAUACUUCUACCCAAAAAUGCUGAAAGAUAAGCUAUUAAGUCAUUUUUAAAAAGUCUUGUUUCUCCAUAAUAUCCUUAAAAUUAGCCCAUGUUGGGUUAUGCCCUAAUUACCCCAAAAGCAUUAUGGACUCGGUGUUUGAUUCUCUUUCAUUGUGUUUGUAUAUUUAUGUUUAAAAUUAACCUCUCAUGAGCAGUUCACUUUAAAUGAUAAAAUCUCCUAUACAAUCAAUAUAUCAUUUAUCACAAUAAUAAUAAUUAUAUAUUGAAUUGAUUGUUGAGAGGUUAAUCAAAUGCAUUCCUCGUCCUUCACAUCAUUACUGCCACAAUAAUCCAGAGUUCACAUGCUACACUGACAUAACAUCCACCCCUGCCCUGCCUUCUCCUAUUUUGUGAUUGGCCCAGCUUUAACAAUUUAGAAGACAGUGCACUCUCCCACCUGUCAGCAACACGCUGGUCUAGCACUGGAUAUAAUCUUAGUUGUUUGCCUGGCAUUCAAUUUAUUUUGAAAUUAUGAACGUAUCCCAAGCACCUUUGCAUUGCAUUCCACAUCCUAAUGAAACAUCACAAACACUAUAUUCACUACAGCUUGUUUUACUAGUUAAGGUUCUAUCUCUGCUAACUUAAACGUGAUUUCCCUCACAUUUAAUUAUGUCAAAAUAUUCAUCAGUUUUAGACAUAUUCCAGUUGUCUUUGCAAUCAAUUUGUUAUAAUAGGUAGUUUUGGCACUUUGCUACCUGAACCUGCUAAAAAAAUGAAAAUGAUUUAUUAGCAAAAGAAGCAAGAAAUCUAAGUACAUAUGUGUCAAUUAUUAUCUAGAUUGUUCUAGAAUCAUUUUAAAAUAUAUUGACACAACAAAAUAAAGUUUAUGUUGCACUGGUUUGAAAUGUGCUCUCUUUUCUUUUUACAGGUUACUGCACAGCUGGCCCAUUGACCUGCGACGUUUAA